AUGUCACGAACAGAGAUCCUGGGCAAGGUCUACAAGAUGGUGCCGCCCAUGCUUGAGAAGUUCCACAAAGGCCAGCUAGGACGUGUAGCAGUCAUCGGCGGCAGCGAGGACUACACAGGUGCACCAUACUUCUCAGCAAUGGCAUCAGCGAAACUGGGAGCAGAUAUGUCCCACGUGAUCUGCGAACAAGGCGCCGGCGUCGUAAUAAAAUCCUACUCCCCAAAUCUGAUGGUUCAUCCCUACAUGCGACAAGAAAAGAACUUCAAAUCCGGCGAAACCAUCGACAGCGUCUCGGAGCAAGUCGUAGCUAUGCUUGACCGUCUGCACGUCGUAGUAAUAGGACCUGGUCUCGGCCGUGACCCAGCUAUGCAGGAGACGUGUGCGCGGGUGAUCACAGAGGCGAAGAAGCGCGGAGUUGCUUUCGUCCUAGAUGCCGAUGGUUUAUACCUGGCCCAGACGCGGCCGGAGCUAGUAAAGGGGUACAAAGAGUGCAUACUUACCCCUAACGUGGUGGAGUUUGGUCGGUUGGCAAAGGCGCAGGGGAUUGAUGUUGAGAGCGAGGAUCCGGAGAAAGUGUGCGAGAAGCUUUCAAAGGCUUUUGACGGCGUGACGAUAAUUCAGAAGGGGAAGGUGGAUUAUAUCUCGAAUGGCAAGAUGACGCUUGUAAGCAGUGGAGAGGGCGGUCUCAAGCGGUCUGGUGGGCAGGGCGAUACUCUGACCGGAUCUUUGGCAACACUUCUUGCAUACCGCAAGGCGUACCUGGACAGAAUAUGGGACCACGAAAACGAUAUGAAGCCCGAUGAGCUCUUGGCGUAUGUGGCAUAUGGCGGUUCGGCGAUCACGAGGGAGUGCUCGAGGCUAGCGUUCAAGCAACAUGGACGAGCUCUGCAAGCCAGCGAUUUGACGGAGCAUGUGCAUACCGCUUUCAUGGAUGUUAUCGGGGAGAAGCCUACAGAAGAGAGCAAGUUGUAA